UUUUGUUGCCGGUAGUUGCACACUACACUUUGUGCAGUGUCGAAAGAACCGCCGGCACCGUUCCCGAAAAAUUGAUUUGGCGCUGACAAACCAAAAAAAAAAAAUUAAAUUAAAUUAAUUAAAAUUACAAAGAAAAAAAUAUAAAUACAAUUUAAGAAACCAGAAACGCACGCACUGAAACAUCUGAUGAUAAUUAUAAAUAAGUUAAUUUAAUAAAGACAGAGGAAAUAUUUUGGAACUUCUUUUUGCACCGGGAUAUGCACGGCGGGCUUCUCGAGAUUGCAGUGUCGGAAAUAAUAUCGCGAAGCGUAUAAAGUAAUCCAACUACUCCACUCCAACAAACAACAGUACCUGAAUCAACAACAAAUUUCGACGAACGACAAAAGUUCGUUUCACUCUCUGCACCUUAUCCGGAACAUUGCGGGACUUUCCCUAAUUGAAUUGAGGAUUAUUAAAUAGAGCAAUUGCAUCCAGUCGAAAUGCAUUGCUCACGGAUUCGUUGAGAUUCAGCUUCGCGCUUGCAUUCACCCGGCGGUAACUCAACCACUAACAGCCAACAAUUUUAUAAACGGGGGCAUGGAGUCGGGGGCACAGCAGUUCUGCCUUAAGUGGAAUAGCUUUGGUAGCAAUUUGGCGACGUCGUUCAGUAACUUGUUCAAGAGUGAGACCUUAGCGGACGUGACGCUCUUCUGCGAUGGCGUUUCUUUCAGGGCGCACAAGCUCAUCCUCGCCGCUUGUAGCAAACACCUCGCAGACCUCUUCGAGACGGCGCCGCUCCAUCAAAACCUUUUGGUCAUAUUGGACGGCACGUCGGCCGUCAAUAUGGCAGCACUCCUAGAAUUCAUGUACAAAGGGGAAGUGCACGUUUCGCAGGAUUCCCUAUCGAGUUUCCUGAAAGCCGCCGAAUGCCUGCAGGUGAAAGGGUUAAGCAUCGAACAUGAGAAAUUGGUGCGAAGCCAGAGCAUGGAUCCGUCUGGCAACGGCGAAAUGGAAAGCCCAACAAGCAGAAGCAGUAACGGCAGCAAUAAGCCACUCAAAGUAGAAGCAGAUAUGCCACCACAGAGUCCCUCGUCGUAUUCUCCAGCCAUGUCACCUUACCUCCAGCAUCACCAUUACAGACAGCCGUACGAUAGGAGGCCGUUGCGCAGCCCGACCCUUCAGGAAAGGGCGAGCGUUUUACGCGAUGGUAGCAAAUCCGGACGACCUCCAUCACCGGGCCCCAUGUCACUCGCCUACCGUCCCUCGAGCAGUUCCUCGUGCUCCCUGCCCCCUUCGCAGCAACCGGAAGCGGAUGCCGCAUUACCAGAAAGAUUUGAAAACGACCCUCAAGCUACUGCACUCAUUUGUCCACCAUCAGAAGCCAACUCCGCUGACCAUUGCCAUCGCGACCCUGGAUGUCCAGAAGAUCUUCGAAUGAAACUUGACCCAACUCCCAUACAAGAAGAACCUUUGAGCAGUACAGGCAAUUCCAACAGUAUCGUCCCUAUGAACACAGCAAUUGCAAACGGAGCUUCACUAGGAAUGUACGACGCUGCAGAUACCAAUAUGAACAAAGACCGCGAUCUGAUACCAACGACGCUAUGGAACUCAGUUACUAGUAAAUUAUCCAAGACAGGUGCCAUUACCACACCAGACGGUAAAAAGUUGAAGUGCCCUUUCUGUGAACGUCUGUAUGGUUAUGAAACGAAUUUGAGGGCGCACAUAAGGCAAAGGCAUCAAGGUAUUCGAGUUCCAUGUCCGUUCUGUUCGCGAACGUUCACUAGGAACAACACAGUACGUAGACAUAUUGCUAGAGAACACAAAACAGAGCUGAGUCUGAAAGCGUUCCAGCAACAAGUUCACAACCCCUAGUAGCAGUAAACUGUUUAAAAUAAUUAUAUCACACACGUAAGUAUCCGAAGAGCUGGUCUCUGAGGAACAAUCGGAUUAUGUACCUUCCCAAAUAAUUAUAA